ACCCCUCGCGACACAAGGAUUAAUUUCCUUAGUGCGGGAGUCGUUAAAAAAAUUCUCUCGAUAAAAAGUAUUCCAUGGAAGAAGGUGAUGAUUCAUGUCUAACAGCGUGCAGCGGUAUGUACGAGAAAAGCCGAGUUUGUCACUGCCAAAUGAAAGAUCUAGGUAAUGUAUGUUUGUCUUGAUUCUUUGUAUCACUAUGCAUGUGGUUUGAAUAUUAGUGAAACCCUCUACGACAGAAGAAUUAAGUUCUUUAUUGAAUGAUAUGCAGAGAAAGCUAAAUACCUACAUAUUAUAAAACCGUAGAAUAGUAAACUAUUUUUCUGAAAGGAAAAGGGGAAAUUGACGAAAGACCAUUGCGCCAAAGCCAAUUAUGAUUUUUAAACGUCAAUUCUGUACGACAACAUAGCAGACUAGAGGCCAGAUAACUAAAUAACUAUGUAGUUUAACUGAGUAGGGUUUUAACUUAAUAGCAUUUAAUUUUCCUUAGAGUUUAUAUACGUAUAUUUAAAUCUUACAUGUAAGUGGGGAGUCCAAAAAUGAAUAGUGCAGUAUACUUUGGGAUACCUCUAACCAAAAAACCAAGACGAUAAGAUGCUUGAAAAAAGGUUUUGUGACGGGGCUUAACGUCAUAUUUCUGCACUAAUAAUUUGCAUCGUCAAAACUUUUUGAUUACAUAAUAAAUAAAUAAGUUAAAAACUAAUACCUACAUGGCUAUCUUUAAACAUCGGACAUAAAAAAAACGUCUACAGCAUUAUAAAAGGCAAACCCGUUUAGCCCAUAAUAGGUCAUCCCAAUAAAAAUAAAGUCAAGUCAGACACAAAACAAUAAUUUGGAAAUGACUGUACGGUGACCAGGAUAAAGUAAAUCACGGGUAUAGAAUAAAUUCGAAAUGUUUUAAAAUAAUCUAAACUUGAAUUGAGUAAAAAACAUUUGCUCCUAAUUCCGACUUAUUAUAAUAUGGCCAGUGCGAGUUAUACGGGCAGAUAGCGCCAUCUCUUGUCAAGCUAUCGAUUUCAAAACGCUUACGCAUACUAUUUCCAAGAAAAAUAUACCACCACUUAAAAAUGCAAAUGGCACCUUUAUUCUAUUAUUUUUAAAUCCAAAGAAAAAAUAGUCAUAAUCGUAUCGAGUUAAGUCACAAUUUCAUCCAAACUAAGCGAAUACUCUUGUAGAACCUUGUUACCGAAUUCACAUAUUCUAAGAAAAAAAAAACAAUGAAGAAACGUUGACCGUGGUCAACCGGACUAUCCAAAACGAGUCUCUUAAGAUCGCGACAUUAUUAAAAUUAGAACAUUAUUUAGUACACAAAAUGUCCCAAUGCAUGGAAAAUACCUCCUCAACUUCCCGAAACACUGAAAUUGGACAAAACCGGCCUCAAAACUAAAAAUAAGUUCGAAAUGUUAAGGAAAGCCAUGGAACACUCAACUUAAAUAUUAGUAUUUUAAGCCGAUCUUUUGAGUAACUGUUCUUAUUUAUUGUUUAUAUUUUAAUAUGGUAAUUUAUACUGUGCUACAGAAUCAUAGCCGUCAUACACAGUCGGGCCACUGAUCGGCGCAGACGCAUUUUGCGAGCGUCAUAUAAAUGUGUUCAGUGAUAUUUGCUAAUAUGAAGUUGUUUUUCGUUGUUGCAUUUGCUCUGUGCCUUUCAUUUGAUCAAGCAGCGUCAUCACCACACACAACACAAUGUCGAACGCCCGACAAUGAGCUAGGAGAGUGUAUGACAGUGGAGAAAUGUCCAUCAUUAGCAAGUCUCACCGACAAGAAACUAAAGUCGGAAGAAGAGGUCGAGCUUCUGAGGAAAUCGCUAUGCCCAGCACCUGCACCUGAUGGACGAAGACAGUUAUGCUGUCCGAAACCUCCGCUGAAAAAAGGAUCAUGUUACACGCCAGAUGGGGACGUAGGGAGCUGCAUCAGCAUAUAUUUGUGCUCACAUCUUGUAAAUUUGCUAAAACCACCGAUCUCAAAAAAACACAUGGAGUUUAUCAAGAAUUCUGCUUGUAAGAGCAAUGUACAAUACAGCGUGUGUUGCGGCCCACCACCAAACUGCUCGGCUUUGAUGAACGCCUUUCCACCUGAUUCGCGCACCGACUGCUGUGGUGUCGACAGCAGAGUCGGGAACAAACUUGUAGGUGCAAAAGAAGCAGCAAUAGACCAGUACCCAUGGGCUGUGAUAAUUGAAUACUUGAACAGAACGGGUGACAGGUAUCUGUUAUGUGGUGGAGUACUCAUCAGCGGUAAAUACGUGCUCACAGCGGCACAUUGUGUACGUGGUCCAGUUCUAGACAAUGGAGUGCCAACAACCGUACGCCUUGGAGAAUACGACACAGCAAACGAGGGAGAAGAUUGCGCGAUAGUUGAAGCAGACGCCGAAGACUGCAAUGACGGCGUUAUCAGAAUAGACAUAGAAAAAGUUAUACCGCACCCGAAGUACUACCCUACGAAUUAUCAGAAGACGAACGAUAUCGCCUUGCUUAGGUUGAAGGAGACUGCGCCUUUUACAUACUUUAUACGUCCUAUAUGUUUACCAUCAACUGACUGGUCAAGAUAUAAAAAUGCAUCGGAUCCUUUGGUGAUGUACGCCGCUGGAUGGGGCGCCAUUGAAAAUUCUCCGUUCAGCAAUAUUAAGCUGCACGUUGAUCUUCCUAUUGUGUCACACGAGGCCUGCCAAGAUAUAUACAACCAGAUUGAGAGUAACAAAACUAUUCAUAGGAGUCAGUUAUGUGCCGGAGGGGUGAGUGGGAAAGACGCUUGCAGGGGCGACUCAGGAGGCCCCCUCAUGUACGAGGAUGGGAGGAUCACAGAAGUGGUCGGUAUCGUCAGUUACGGCAUCCAGCCUUGUGGGAAGCAGGAGAUACCUGGAGUCUACAGCAACGUGUACGAGCACCUCGGCUGGAUUAGAGACACGAUCGUACCGUAGUUCGAAACUAUCCAAUACUGACAUGAUUAUAUUAAUUUUUAGACGAUAGUUUUAGUUUAAAAUUAAUAAUUCAGUAACAAGUAUACAAAGUCAUACUAGCAUUUAUAAUAUUUAAUAGUUACCAAUAAAUUUAAGUAAAGUAUUAAAUGAAUGUUUUACAUAUUAAACAAUCGAUCCUUGA